ACGUGAUUUCACCUGGGGGAAAAACGGCUGCAGCCAAUCGGAGCUUUAUUGUACUAAGUACUGUAGGCAAACAGCGAUGUUUACACUGUAGAGCACGGGCGGGAUUGGUAAAAAAAAAAAAAAAAAAAAAAAAAAGACACAUUGGAUUCUACUUUCCUUGGAGUCAUAUGACAGCAGACAUCCCACACAAUGUCUUUUGAGAGCUCCAGGACUUCCAUGUUUACAUUCCAGUCCUCGGUGCACAGCUCACAUGUGCUCCAGUGUUUGGAUGAGCAAAGGCAGAAAGACAUCUUGUGUGAUCUGACGGUGGUUGUGGAAAACAGGAGCUUCCGCGCCCAUCGCUCCGUGCUGGCUUCCUGCAGUGACUACUUCCAUGCGAGAGUCACGAAUCAUGUGGGACACGGUCUAGUGAUCUCACUUCCCAGCGAGGUAACAGUUGCAGGCUUUGAUCCCUUACUUCAGUUUGCUUACACUGCAAAACUGCUCUUUACCAAAGAAAACAUUCUUGAGAUUCGCAACUGUGCAAUCUUCCUGGGCUUCCGGAACCUGGACAAAGCCUGCUUCGAGUUCCUAAUCCCAAAAUUCUUUGAUAGCAGCAAAAGCACACCGACAGUCCACAGGAAGUCUCGCUGGAAAAGCAAAUGCUGCAUGGAAAAAUCAUCUGUGAGCAAAUCCAGCAUCAACUUGGAUGAUGGUGAAGACAAUGAUAAUGAAGAAGAGGAGCGUAAAAACAACCAGUCUUUAGAUGGCCUCCAAAAACAUAAGGGUGAUAAAGCUUCAUGUCAAGAAGCUAAAGCCCAGGCAGAUAUAUUGAGAAGCUGCAGCCUUGUCUGCCAGGAGAAGAGCAAGCAGACAGAUUAUUCCAUCCCAUGUGUGGACAACUGCAAAACACCGAUAAAGGAGCAGAUCUGCCCAGGGCUGUCCAGCAAGGGCAGUGUCUCCCCCGCCACACCACGUGCCAGCAGUGAUAGCACAGAUCAGGCUGGGAGCCACUGUUGCAGUAGUAAAUCAAAUUUGGCCCAGGUGACUUGUGAGAAGGUUGUCAUGGUGUCCAGCUGCCUCCCUUGUGUGCCAUCUCUCCCAGGGAACCCAAAUUCUUUGGGAUUCAUGGAGUCACAGCAUUUAGCGUGCAACCAGCCUGUGGAGGCAGAAGACGUACAACGCAAGGGCUGUCCAGUGGGACCCUUUGAGGGGUGCAGAUUUAUGCCCCUGCCUAGGCUUGAAUCAGAUUAUCAACCUUUGUGCUAUGGCUUUCCCUAUAGUCUGACCAAGAGGGACUGGGAAGGAGAAGGUAGGAGGAGCACUGUGGAAAGGGAAGUAGCUGAACAUCUGGCCAGGGGCUUCUGGCAGGAUCUGUCUUUUCAGACUGAGCGUUCUGCAGCAAACAAAUGUGCAAACAUCCCCUGCCUGUUGCCCCUGCACCAGGACUCCAGCAAGGAAGGCUGUCCUUUUCUCCCAGAACUGGAACCGGGGAAGAGGGAGGUCCCAAGCCGUGAGGCAUUGCUGGAGAAAAGCUCCUACAGCUCAUGUGUCCAGUCAGGGGAGGACUCUGAAUUUGAUACUGAAGGAGAGAGUGAAUCUUGUACCAGUGAAAGAGUAUGUGAGGUGCAGCUGCCCUUCUCAGUAGAGCAAAUUGCCGCCUUGAACCGCAAUGACUUCCAGCAAUUGCUGAAACAGCACCCGCUAACCCAGGAGCAGCUGGACUUUGUGCACGAUGUGCGACGCCGAAGUAAGAACCGAAUUGCUGCCCAGCGUUGUCGCAAGAGGAAACUAGACUGCAUCCACAACCUGGAGUAUGAGAUUGACAAGCUGAGGACGGAGAAGGAGAAACUCCUUCAGGAGCAGAAUCUUCUCAACAAGCUGAAGCUCAAGACACGGCAGAGUCUGUCAGACCUGUGCCAGUGGAUGUGCAGUGAGGCCAAGCUACAACCAGACCAGCUGCAGAUGCUUGCUAAGUACUCCUCCCCUGACUGCCCAUUGUCAGCUCUUGUCACACAGCGACCCUCACAUUCAUCAAGUCCCAGUCUCCAUGAUCGAGCCCAAGAAAACAUAUAUCCAAGCUCUGCUUGCUCCACUGCGGACACCCCACUCACAGUGCCAAUGACCGACUCCCGUGGGUACCAUCUGACUGGAGAGACUCACAAAGUCCCUUGUGCCACACUCCCAUUAAGACCCAGUGAAGCGACAGCCCUCAGAAGGUUGGCAGAUAGGCCUCCGAAGGAGCGUGACAACCCCAGUGCUAACUCACAUGUUGUUGUGGAUGCAAGCAGCACGUGCACUAUAGAUCAAUGAGCACACAACUCCAUUUGCCUUUUAAAAAGACUUCUGUGUAAAUGAUCAUAUUGAUAUAGUAAUGCCGACACAUUUUUAUGUGUAUAUUUCUGCUAUCAGCGUUUACAGUCAGAAGUAUUAUGGUGUAUUAACACAAUACAUUCAGUCACUACUCGGGUACAAUAUCUGUACGUCUUUUCUCUGCAGCAGUCAGGAAUCUUAUCCUGUUAUUCUGCAUAAGUGGCAGUCCUGCUUUGUUCUGUUUAAAUGUUGACAGCAUACAUUCCUUGUCAAGUCUUAUGUCAUUUAUUCAGAGACUCACAUGGAUGACAUCACUCUUGUAGAGUUUAUUGUGGUAAGCCUAGGGUCAGGUACAUACACUAUCAUUCAAAUAUAGCAAGACUUUGAUCAGUUCUCUGCAAAUAUGAUUCUUUAUCAUGCUGCAAGUCAUGUAAAGAUUGAGGAGAGAGUUGAUGGUUCAUCGUAGGUAAAAUCUGGGUUAGUUAUCUAGGGGGAAAGUGAAAUCUGUACACAGGUGAACACUGAUCAUUUAUUACUGAAAUCAUACUUGCUGAACAUGGUAAUCAGGGUAAAGCAUGAUCCCCUAUCAGUGGGAUGUGUUUCAAAUUCUCAGCCUCAGGUCUAAUAGAUACCUCAGCAAGUUAAGAUAUUGCUUCACCUGGUGACAUGGGUGUAUGCAAUAUCUGCCCUCAUCAGAGCCAAUCUGAAUGACAAAAGAUCCAAUAAGAAUUUUUGAAGGAAGCCAUUACAGCUGAAUAGUUUGUGACCUAGUGACUCACCAUUCAGAAGAGAACAACAAAAUCUAAUUUUUAACAAAGGAACAGCAUACCUGGCUUCCUGAGUACUUCUCUUAUAUGUUCAGUGUGUCUCUGUAGUGACUGGGCCAGGCAUGGGGCAAUCUGGGUGGGGG